UGCUUAGAAGCCUCGGUUGGACCCCGGGAGUUAGCCUGGACCUCUUAACGCCCCCAGCGCCCUCAGCGGAGUGCUCGUACUUUGCCGGCAUGACAUUUGACUCCCCCAGCAGCCCCCUCCCCCGUGAUAAUCGGACGAAUUUGACAGAUUGGGGUGGUGGGUGAAGUUGCCCGUCAGUUGGAUGCCCGUUGACUUCGUGCGGACCCUGGCCUUGCUCUUAGAGGUAGUGUUCUUAGGGCUGGUUUCACUGUCUCUUAAAACUGAAGGGUGGAGCUGGGAUACAGAUUUGUUGUUUCUUUUCAAAUCAAACUUGCUUUAGGUAAUCCCGCUGGAGGGUGUCUAGCGAUUUGCGGCAGAGAGGGCCCAGCACUGGGGAUUUCUAAAAGUGUUUGAUCUGAAAAGGAUGACAUUACAUACAUGAUGUAGGUUGUUUGCUCCCCCGUCUCCUCCCAUUUUUUCAAUCUCCCUUUUCUUCCCCUCCUCCUUGGGUUUUGGAGUUUGCUUUUGUGGGUUUUUGUUGUGGGGGGGUUUUUUGUUUGUUUUGUUUUGCUUUUGCCGGUUUGGCAACACUACUUCUGGGGCCCGGACUGAAAAUAACUGUGACCAACCAUUAAACUGUGGAAUAGUCUCUCCAAGUGAAGGAAGUCCAUCGUGUGAGACAAAACUGGAUUCUGCAAAGCCCUGGAACAUGACUGUAGGGAUGACCUAUGUGCUGGCCAGAAUGGACACAGUAAUGACCAAAUAGGCCUUUUUCCAUCCCUGACAUUUCUGUUUGGAGUUAGCUCUAGAAAACAAAGACUUGUGAAGGGAGGGUUGCCAGAUCAGAUCAGGUCUGAAUCUGAUGACUCCACAUGCUGCUCAAAUGUGCUGUGCCUUUAAACCAUGGUUUAUAUUGAAUGAUGUUGCCUGAGUUAUCAGGCUUGCUUUUCUAAAGUAUUACUUGUGAUAUUUAUUAUUAAAGUUUGGUAAACGAUGAAGUCUCUUUAUGCAGUUUUCCAUAUCAUUCUGUACCUGAUUUGAGUUAGGUCUUCCAAAACUGGUGGGGAGCAAACACUACACAUGUACAUGUGUAAUAUUUUAAAAUAAUAAUCUAUAUUUGUAAGUUAAGGAGGUUUACAUCAAAGUAAAAUUAAUUUUGAAAUUUAAUAAAAUGCAAUAACUUAGCUACCCUGUAAUUUUUGGCCUUUUUUGCUGUAAAAGUCUGGUUUGGUUGUUUUUUUGUUUUUUUUUUUUACAUUAAUAUUUUUAGUUCCCAUUACAAAAGUCAGCAUUAAGAAAUUAGGCAGACUUUUGUUUGUCUCUCUGCAUUUGUUUUUACAAUCCUAAAUCUGAGUGUUUUAAGUAAAAUUCACUCACUCAUUUAUUAUCUGACAGUCACAUGUUGACAGCAUCUUUAUUGAAUCUUGUAUGUUAGUUAAAAGCAUAGCAGAAAGUGCUCUUGUUCUUAAUUUGGCUGAAGAACCUAUUGGUCCAUGCAAGAGAAACAUGUGUAUGUUAUUUCCUGCGAGUAUAAAGUUUAGAAGGAAAUAUUGAUACUGCAUCUUCUAAUAGUUGUGCUCUGUUUCCAGUGAACCUCCUUAAACUGCAUGUAUAUGUCACUGUUCCUAUGUAUGUGUGUCUCUCUAUCACAUAACCCAGCACUUAUUUCCUCAGCCAAGUGGCUAGGGGGCGAGCCUAGCCAAGAUUUUACCUCCAAUGGACGCAAGUUUCUUUGGUGAAGAUCUCUCCUGAGAGUUCGGGACUAGCAGAAAGAAGCGAGGAAAUUUCGACCGUUUGGUUCUUACGGAUAGGUAUUUAUGUAUUCGGUUUGUGUGAAUGUAAGCUAUGAUAUUUAACUUUUCAGAAAAAAAAGUUUUUUUUGCAAGUGGCAUUGAAUAGUUGACCAAACUAUAAACGGUAAGAACUGCCAGUGAAGUGGAUACCAUUAUGCUGUUGAACGAUUGCUUGCGUGUAAUUAUAAGUUUUAUCAUACUAUAGAAAGGAAUUCAGACUUUGUUAAGAUAACUUGAGUUUAAAAGUAGGUGAGAGAUGACUAGCCAAAUUAAAUAUAAAUUUGAGAAGAGUUUUUAUAUUUGUUUUAAUAUAUUUAUUUCUUUAUUUUAAUUGGUAAGUAUACAUAUAUAUAAAAUAUCACACACACACACCCCAACCUAAACGUUAAUUUCUUUCCAUUGACCAACUUGUUCAUAUUACAGAUAUGAUGGACGUGGUCACCUGCAUGACCUUUCUGAGUAUGAUGCUGAGUAUUCCACAUGGAACAGAGAUUAUCAGCUGUCCGAAGAGGAGGCACGAAUAGAUGCCCUGUGUGAUGAAGAGAGAGGAAGAAUACAAGCGACUGAGUGAAGCACUAGCAGAAGAUGGGAGCUACAAUGCCGUGGGGUUCACUUACGGUAGUGACUAUUAUGACCCAUCAGAGCCUACAGAGGAGGAGGAGCCUUCUAAACAGAGAGAAAAAACUGAGGCUGAGAACUUAGAGGAAAACGAAGAACCUUUCAUUGCACCGUCAGGGCUGAAUGUCCCGUCUGACGUGGAGUUGCCACCAACAGCCAAAAUGCAUGCCAUCAUCGAGCGUACAGCCAAUUUCGUGUGCAAGCAGGGAGCACAGUUUGAAAUAAUGCUGAAAGCCAAGCAGGCACGAAACUCUCAGUUCGACUUUCUACGCUUCGACCACUACCUCAACCCUUACUACAAAUUCAUCCAGAAGGCUAUGAAGGAAGGACGAUAUACAGUACUGGCAGAAAACAAAAAUGAAGAGAAGAAAAAAUCAGGGGUCAGCUCUGACAAUGAAGACGAUGACGAAGAAGAAGAUGGGAAUUACCUGCACCCAUCUCUCUUUGCCUCUAAGAAGUGCAGCCGCCUUGAAGAGCUGAUGAAGCCCUUAAAGGUGGUGGACCCGGAUCACCCCCUAGCAGCACUUGUCCGUAAAGCACAGGCUGACAAUUCUGCCCCCACACCACACACUGCAGACGGCACGCCUGUGCAGCCCUCCCAGGUGGAGUACACGGCAGACUCAACAGUGGCAGCCAUGUAUUACAGCUAUUACAUGUUACCAGAUGGCACCUACUGUCUGGCACCUCCCCCUCCGGGAAUCGACGUGGCCACUUACUACAGCACCCUUCCUGCUGGUGUUACUGUGUCCAGCUCCCCUGGAGCAACGACCACUGCCCCACCACCUCCUGGGACCACGCCACCGCCUCCCCCAACCACAGCCGAAUCCAGCAGCGGGGCAACCUCCACCACCACCACCACAAGGUGUGCCUGCCUGCUUGAGUUUGCUGUGCACUGCUCUGCACGAGUCACCUGUGCCCUUGCACCCGUGGCCACCAUCAUCCCACCACCCCCCGACAUUCAGCCCGUGAUUGACAAGCUGGCAGAGUACGUCGCCAGGAAUGGCCUUAAAUUUGAGACCAGUGUUCGUGCCAAGAAUGAUCAAAGAUUUGAGUUCCUACAGCCAUGGCACCAGUACAAUGCCUACUAUGAGUUCAAAAAGCAGUUCUUCCUCCAGAAAGAGGGGGGCGAUAGCGCACAGGCUGCAUCAGCACCAGAAGAGGGUCCUGCAGAAUCUGCUUCUGAAGAGCCGAGUGAUGCUGGAGAGGAUGGUAUGCCUGCAGACGCUGCUGAGGCGGCAGGACGAGGAGGCUCAGGCGGGAAGAAGGAGGUGGCAUCCAGUAAAACCGUCCUGGACGGGAAGCUGGUAAAAGCUUCAUUUGCUCCAAUAAGCUUUGCAAUCAAGGCCAAAGAAAAUGAUCUACUUCCCCUGGAAAAAAAUCGUGUUAAGCUAGAUGAUGACAGUGAUGAUGAUGAAGAAAGCAAAGAAGGCCAAGAAAGUUCUAGUAGUGCCGCAAACCCCAGCCCGGCAGUUGCCCCACCCUGUGUAGUUGUGGAGGAGAAGAAGCCUCCACUUACCCAGGAGGAGCUAGAAGCAAAGCAAGCAAAGCAAAAGCUGGAGGACCGCCUUGCAGCUGCUGCCCGGGAAAAGCUGGCCCAGGCGUCUAAGGAGUCGAAGGAGAAACAGCUUCAAGCAGAACGUAAAAGGAAAGCAGCGUUAUUUUUACAAACCUUAAAAAAUCCUCUCCCAGAAGCAGAAGUUGGGAAAAUUGAGGAGAGUCCUUUCAGUGUAGAGGAAGCCAGUGCUAUGCCCUGUCCUCUACUGACUGGGGGUAGACCUCUGCCCACUCUAGAAGUUAAACCGUCGGAAAGGCCUUCGAGCAAAAGCAGAGACACCUUGAGAGAAGAAGAGAAAGAAAAGAAGAAGAAGAAACACAAGAGAAGGUCUCGGUCAAGGUCGCGCUCUCCCAAGCACCACUCGUCGUCCAAGUGCAGGUCUCGGUCACACGCCAAGGCAAAGCAUUCUCUCCCCAGUGCCUACCGGACAGCGCGGCGAUCCAGACCCACAGCCUCCCCAGGGACACUGAGCACGGAGCCUUGUCAGAGCAGCUCGGCAGUGGCAGCAGCAGCAGAGCAAGAAAGUUAUCAGGCAGCCUCCGCCGCCAACAGAUUUGACUCCUGGAGCUCUUUUGAGGGAAAACCUGGUAAAAUGUCAAGGUCACGCUCCCGGUCCCCUCGGAGGAGGGCUCACUCCCCCGAGAGACGGAGGGAAGAAAGAAGUGUCCCCACUGCCUACCGGAUGAGCAGCAGCCCUGGGGCAAGCAGGAAACGGACCCGCUCCAGAAGUCCCCAUGAGAAGAAGAAGAAGAGGCGGUCACGAUCAAGGACCAAGUCUAAGGCCAGGUCUCAGUCGGUGUCCCCGAGUAAGCAGGCAGCACACCGGCCCACGGCCCACUCAGCCCACUCGGCCAGCGUCUCUCCUGUGGAGAGUCGGGGCUCCAGCCAGGAGCGUUCCAGGGGAGUUUCUCAGGAAAAAGACGCUCAGAUCUCUUCAGCGAUCGUCUCUUCCGUGCAGAGCAAAAUAACUCAGGAUCUCAUGGCCAAAGUAAGAGCAAUGCUUGCAGCUUCCAAAAACCUACAGACCAGUGCCUCCUGAGAUAACAGCCCCACCGGGUGGGGACAGGUGCCGUGCACAGCGACUGGUGUGGGGCUUGUGGCUCCCAGAGUCUGAGGUCACAGAAAUGGGGACAGCUGAAGAGCUCGUUUCAUUACAGACCCAUCACAGAACAUCGUCCAGAUCUUCCACCCUGGGAUUCCCUUGGACAAUUGGUGGUUUUUGUAAAUUAAUUUUUGAUGACAUUUUCAGUUUAAGAUUUUUGACCAGCAGUCUCUCUUACCUGUACAUUUGUAAAUAAUAUCAUGUUUCUGUGGAAAUGUAUUAUCCAAUAAAAUGGGAGGAAAACACCUUUUCUAGCUAGCA